GUCUUCUCUCUGAACUAAACCCUUCAACACGUGGGAACUGUAAGUGGACUGUGCAGCCAUGCAGGUGAUCGUGUGGUUCGCCGUGGCCGUGCUGUCUCUGAGCCCGGCGGCAGUUAGCGGAGCCGAGAAGAAGAAGCUGCAGAUCGGCAUCAAGAAGCGAGUGGACAACUGUCCUAUCAAGUCUCGCAAAGGAGACGUGCUGAACAUGCACUACACGGGCAAGCUGGAGGACGGCACGGAGUUUGACAGCAGCAUUCCCCGCGACAGGCCCUUCACCUUCACCCUGGGCACCGGGCAGGUGAUCAAAGGCUGGGACCAGGGCCUGCUGGGCAUGUGCGAGGGCGAGAAGAGGAAGCUGGUCAUCCCCUCCGAGCUGGGCUACGGAGACAGGGGAGCUCCCCCAAAGAUCCCCGGAGGAGCGACGCUCAUCUUUGAAGUGGAGCUGCUCAGCAUCGAGAGGAGAUCCGAGCUUUGAUAAAGAGGAGAUGGCAAACUUUCAAACCGUAAGUUCCAGGAGCUGCUGCAGCAUUACGUGAAGAUCAUCUGACCUCUGAUGAAGACUACAUGGGAAAUCUGGGAGUAUAAAUAGCUCCCCCCCCCCCACAUAGCCACUGUGCUCCUUCCACUGGCUUGGCUUGUUGUGCUCUGAUUUAUUGGUCUGAAGUUUUUAUAUGCUACAAGAUGUGGUGUUUGUCCAUGAGUAGAACUGCCAGUAAACACCUAAACCUAGUAUUUGGAUGUGGGUUGAUAAGGGAGUCAUGUCCUGCCAUGUCAUCUAACAUUUAUUUGUUAUUGUUUGUGAUUUAUAAGCAGGUUUAUUCAUAUUUUUACAUUCUUUUCAUUAAAUAAUUUAGUAAGAAAUCAGGCAGUGGACGAAUUAGGAUCAAUGUUUUUGUUCACUUUCAGUAUUUGUAUUGUGAUAAUAAAAUGUUGAAUUUACGGGAAAACA